CGAUUAGGGAGCAGGCACAUACCACCUGCCUGAGGUGUGUGCCCCGCCCUUUCAUCAUCGUCGGUUCAACCGCCAUUGAAUUCCAGCCACCACCAAACAACCUUCUCAACCGCGGCGGCUCGGAUUCAGCGCAGCCGAGCGCCAUGUCCAUCUUCAAGCUUUCGGCCCAGCUGCAGGGCCACUCCAACGAUGUCAAAUCCGUCCGCUACAAGUCUAGCGACGUGAUCGUCUCGGCCUCGAGGGACAACUCAGUGCGCCUGUGGAAGCGGUCCUCGCCCGCCGAGGGCCCGCCCGUGUUCGAGAGCGCAGCCCUCGCCCAAUCCAGCUCCUACGUCAACUCGCUCGCCAUCGUUCCGCCCUCGCCCGCCCAUCCCGACGGCCUGGUCGUCACUAGCGGUCUCGACCCCAUCAUCUACGUCCACCAGCCACGGCCCGCCGACGAGCAGGGCGAAGGCUUCCCCAUCCUCCUGCCCGGCCACGAGAACAACGUGUGCAGCCUCGACGUCUCGCCCGACGGUAAGUUUAUCGCCUCGGGCAGCUGGGACACCAAGGCCAAGAUAUGGCAUGUGGGAAAGUGGGACCUCGCCGCCGAGCUCGACGGCCAUGACAAGUCGGUCACGGCCGUCCUGGCCCUUGACGGCUCCUCGGUAGUAACGGGAUGCGCCGACAACAUGAUCCGCGCCUACGGUCUGGCCCGCGCCCAGCCGGACCAUCCGCAGUCCCCUGCCAAGACCAUAUUCACUGCCGAGCCCGUUCGCGCCUUAUGUCGCCUGCCACCCGGCCACCCUAGCGGCGCCCGCUUUGCUAGCGCCGGAAACGACUUUAUCAUCCGCCUCUGGACCCCGCAGGGUCAGCAGGUCACGGAGCUGCACGGUCACGAGUCCUUCGUCUACUCUCUGGCCUGUCUGCCCUCGGGCGAGAUUGUCAGCGCCGGCGAAGACAGGACCGUAAGGGUGUGGAAGGGGGCCGAGUGUGUGCAGACGCUGGUGCAUCCCGCCGUCUCGGUGUGGGCCGUUGACGUCUGUCCGGAGACGGGAGACAUCGUGUCGGGCGCCAGCGACAACAUAAUACGCAUCUGGACCCGGUCUGCUGACCGCAUCGCCGACGCAGACACGCUGCGCCAGUUUGACGAGACGCUGAGGGGCAUGGCCAUCCCCAAGGAGACCAUGUCAGGCGACCUCCAGAACCAGGCCUUCCCCGGGCCAGAAUUCCUCACGACCAACGUAGGCAAGAAGGACGGCCAGAUACAGGUGAUCAAGAACCCGGAUGGCGGACUUGACGCCCACAUGUGGUCGGUUGCGCAACAAAAAUGGGAACUCUACGGUGCCGUCGUCGACUCCCCAGGGAGCUCCGACAAGAAGAAGCAGUACGACGGCAAGGAGUGGGACUUUGUGUUCCAGGUCGACAUCGAAGACGGCAAACCCACACUAUCUCUGCCAUACAACGCCAACGAGAACCCGUAUGACGCAGCCAGGAGGUUUCUAGAAAAGAACGAGCUACCCAUUAGUUAUUUGGAGCAGGUGGCUCAGUUCGUUGUCAGGGAAUCUGGCGGCCAGAAGCUCGAGAAUGCCGAUUUUUCAGGCGGUGCUCAGAGCUCGGCACCGCCAACCGCGAGUGCGCCAAAACAGGUUCUACCCAGCACAGACUUUGUGCUGAUCCCGACACUAAACUCGGAGCCAUUACUCAAGAAGAUCCUGUCUUUGAAUGCCGACCUCGUCAAAAUUGGGGACAAGGAGUUUGCCCUGAACCCCACAGAGGUGUCUUCUUUGCAGUCUUUGGCCAGAGAGCUUCAGGCGGCCCUGACGUCAGCACCAACCAAGGUUUCUCCGUCAGCGGCCAAGAAGCCAGCGGAGUUUGAAGUCUCUUCGCAGCAGAUCGGGCUGGUGAUGAAGAUGGCGGUCAACUGGCAGUAUAGCACACGGCUGCCCAGCCUGGAUCUGCUCCGCUGCCUGGCCGUGUCGGAGGCGGCGGCAACAUACAGCCACAAUGCACACGGUAACUUCCUCGACGCCGUGCUGACGGGGGCUUUCGAGACCCCGGCUGGGGCACCGGUCAACGAGGCGUCUGCAUUCAUGGCCAUGCGUGCCAUCACCAACAUAUUCGCCACGGAGCAGGGCCGCCAGCUCGCCGUGGCCGUCUUUGCGCGGGUCGUGUCCACUAUGGAGGCCAUCCUCGGCAUCGAGGCCGAGCCUUUCAAGGGGCCGGUCGGUCCCAACAACCGAAACCUCUCCAUCGCCCUGAGUUCGGUGGCGCUCAACUACGCCGUGCUAGCGUGGAGCCAGGCGGCCAAGGGCGGCAAGACGGAGCUCCCCACCGAGGGGCUCUCGCUCCUCGUCAACUGCCUGGGCGAGGUGCUCCAGAACAACAACGAUGCGUCGACGGUGGUCCGGGCUCUGGUGGCGCUUGGCACCCUGGCCAAGGUGGAGGGCCUCAAGCCCGUGGUCAAGGACCUGGGUGGCGCGAGCUGGGCACGCAUAGCCAAAGACAGAAGCGCCGACGCGGCGGUCAAGGAGUGGGCAGAAGCCGUGACGCAUGCUCUGGGCUGAUGCUGCCAGGACAGUUCUUAUUUGCUGGAAAUCUUGCUAGAUGGCGGCGACAAACGACCAAGCCCAACCUUGCUUUCGACAGUAGGAGCCCCUGAAAGUUCGACAGUCUUUCAAUACCCAGGUGAAAAUACUACAUCUUGGACAGGGAGCAGAGGGCAACUGCAGCUGCAGCUGCACUCGCUCCUCGGCACAUGGAUUAAUAGAUUAGGGAGAGGGAGAAUGCCAAGCUUAAAGUGAAAAUAGAGACAGCGUUCAUGAGCGUGGCAAGCGUGGGUAUCGUUCAGAGGUUGUUUUUUUUAAAACGUGAAUCAGCGGCGGGUUGCGGCCGUGGCCGCCUUUCUC